CCGCUGUGUACGAGUUUCGAUAAGGUGCGGCAGUGAAAAAACAGUGAAGGGAUCUUUGUGUCAUCGAAUGACCGUUCCCAUCAAUUCCACAUUACCAAGUAAAAUCUAAUAUUUAGAUGAGGAUAUUCUUAAGCUUACGUACCUCGGUAAUGUAUUAGGUUGCUCGAGAGUCUACGAGGGGCUACAUCGAAACAGGCUUAACCCAAGGUUUGUCCUCAACCGGAAAAGACCGAGACGCUAACGUUGGGUGCUAAUGCUAGUAGAGAUAGCAAUUACAGCUGAGACCUAGAUUCGACUUCGUUGAUAUAUUCACAGCCAACACCACGAUGGCCGAUGUCGACAAACUCAACAUAGACAGCAUAAUUCAACGUCUCCUAGAAGUAAGAGGAGCUAAACCUGGCAAGAAUGUUCAACUGCAGGAAAAUGAGAUUCGUGGACUAUGCCUGAAAUCCAGGGAAAUCUUCCUGAGUCAACCGAUUCUUUUAGAGCUUGAGGCACCUCUCAAGAUCUGCGGUGACAUCCACGGCCAAUACUAUGAUUUGCUGAGGCUGUUUGAGUAUGGGGGCUUCCCCCCAGAAAGCAACUACCUAUUUUUGGGAGACUAUGUGGACAGGGGGAAGCAGUCUCUGGAAACCAUCUGUCUCCUGCUUGCCUACAAAAUCAAAUACCCCGAGAACUUCUUCCUGUUGAGAGGGAACCAUGAGUGUGCAUCAAUCAAUAGAAUAUAUGGCUUUUAUGAUGAGUGUAAAAGAAGGUACAACAUCAAGCUCUGGAAGACUUUUACAGAUUGUUUUAACUGCCUCCCGAUUGCCGCCAUUGUGGAUGAGAAGAUCUUUUGCUGUCACGGAGGACUUUCUCCUGACCUGCAGUCCAUGGAGCAGAUCAGACGCAUCAUGCGCCCCACUGACGUCCCCGACCAGGGCCUGCUCUGUGACUUGCUCUGGUCUGAUCCAGAUAAGGAUGUGUUGGGCUGGGGGGAGAAUGACCGAGGUGUAUCAUUUACCUUUGGCUCAGAGGUGGUUGCUAAGUUUCUGCAUAAGCAUGACCUGGAUCUGAUCUGUCGUGCCCAUCAGGUUGUUGAGGAUGGCUAUGAAUUUUUUGCCAAACGACAGCUUGUCACUCUGUUCUCCGCCCCAAAUUACUGUGGGGAGUUUGACAAUGCUGGCGCCAUGAUGAGUGUGGAUGAGACCCUCAUGUGUUCUUUUCAGAUUUUGAAACCGGCCGAGAAGAAGAAGCCCAACGGCAGCCGUCCGGUCACUCCUCCUCGCAACAUGGUCACCAAGCAAGCAAAGAAAUAAAGUGUGGGCUGGAUGUAAGGUGGUCACUACUGUUCUUCUUUUGUCCUUUGCAUUUGAGGGAUUGGUUAACCUUCAUGUUGCCAGUACUGUAAAGAUGUACACUCCCACCCUUUGAAAGCAAAAGAUGUUGUUUUGUCCACAGGCGGAAAUUGAUAUGUCACCAUGAAAAACCUCAGGUGUUUUGCACUCCCAUUUUGCAGCUACUUUUUGCCACAUAUGACUGUUCAAUCAUAAAAAUCGUAACAAUAAUGCUACUUUAUGCACAGGAAUGCCUUGUUUAUAGCUGUGCACAAUUUUAGCAGUUUUAUCACAUCAUGCCCCCCCCCAUUCUUUUCCAGUAAUCAAUAUUAAUGACCACAAAGAAUAUACAGUCACAAACACCACUUUACUGUAAAAUUCAAAAUCUAUUUACAGUCAGUGUCAUAGAACAUUGACUCAUUGUAUCACCUCUUCAUAUUUGACUAAACAAGCGCUCUUUUCAUGUCUAAAUCUUUCUAAUAAACUUUGAGUGUAUUUAAGAGGA